AUGGGCGGUGCACUAUCGACGUCCACUCCUACCACUACACCGCCUUCGUCUACACCAAUUACUUCGAGUGGUGGUAAUCCAACCCCAUCGUCCACAACGCCGGUUGCAGACCAAGGCCCGAGCACGAGUACUGCUAGCUCUGGCAAUGGUGCAACAACAUCUCCGACCAAGAGUCAGCAAGCGCCCACUUCAACCACGGUGAAUGGUAACGGUGGUGCAACACAGUCUGCUGGGCAAGCUAGCUCAGGUGGGCAAGCUAGCUUAGAAGGACAAGCUAGUGCGGGAGGACAGGCUAGCUCAGGAGGACAGGUUUCCUCCGGCGGCAGCCCAACUGCAGCUGUCGUUGUGCCGGCAGGAGGCCAAGAAUCUACGAACGGAGCAGGACAGGCUUCAGGAGGCGGCAGUGCGGGAGGUGGCAAUACAGGAGGCGGUAACACAGGAUCAGUACAACAAAGCACUGGCGAAGCCGCUCCGGCAUCAGCAGCAGCAGCGUCGAAUAUCAUUGGCGUGCUCACCCAAGCCAGCAAUCAAGGAACGAGCGGAGGCAACACUCCGGCGGCCGCAACGCCAGCUUCAAGCGUACAAGUAGGUGUAGGCAUCGGCUCGCAAACGGCAGUACCAGGAGGCCCAGCAGUAACAUCACAAGGCACGACGUACUCGGCCUUGCCCUCCGGCUCAGGUAUCCAAGUCGUAGCCAACGGACACACGACAACAGUAGCACCUGCAGCCUCAGGCUCACCGAUCUCUGUUUCGGGAGGUGCAGUCCUGACACUCAUCUCCGCCGCAGUGGGCUCCAGCGCAGCAGUAACAGUCAGCGGCAACACCGUCAGCUUCCAAGCCGUCGGCACCGGCAGCGUUAUCAUCGGAGGCUCAACCACACUUUCCGUCGGUGGAGGUGCAGCCACGCAAAACGGCCAAACGAUCUCCUUAGCUCCUGGACCAAGCGGCCAAGCAAUGAUAGUAAACGGCCAAACAGCCACCCUCCUCCCCCCCGCCGUAGCGACCGCUCCCCAAAAGGCCUCACCAGCUCAACUCGUAACCCUGGGCUCAACAAUCUACACAGCCUACGCCGCCCCCUCAGCCUCCGGCGCAGCAGUAAUAGCAGGCCAAACGAUCCUCCCCGGCAGCGCAACGAUCAUAGCCGGGCAAACCCUCAGUCUAAGCGGCACGAACCUAAUCAUAGCAUCCGGCUCCUCAACCACGACCAAAACCCUCACACCCGCUCAAUUAGCUCCAGUGCCAACACAAUCAGUAACACUAGGCACACACAUCGCGACCGCCUACGCAGCCGGCAUCUCCGCGAUCGUGAUCGAAGGCCAGACGGUCGUGGCGGGGACGGCGAAGGUGAUAGAUGGGGAGACGGUGAGUCUAGCCGGCACAGCACUCAUAGUCGUUUCCGGAACGCAGAUGGUGACGGAAGGGCUGGGAGGGGCGAUCAUGAGUGGAAUUGGGAGUGGAGGUACAGCCAGUGGCGCAGGCGUUGCGCCAGCGGCAUAUACAGGAUCAGCAGGAAGGACAGCUGCGCAGGUCCUUCCUGCGGCCUUGGUUGGGCUUGCUUGCAUGGCAAUGCAGUGA